AUGAGUCGGAUGCGCCAGCGUCUGCUUGUCUUGCCCCGCGUCCGCUCCAACUCGCUCUCUACGCUCACUGCCCAGCCACCGACAUCCACCUCCCGCCCAGUCCUCACUACUCCCCCCCGUCUCCCCAGCGAGGCCCCCAAGCAGUCUCAGCACUCCCAGCUCGCCCUCACUCAGCCUGCCCCUGCCAACCAGCCCCCGCUCACCAACCCCGCUCCCCUCUCUCCCCCGCUUCUCCCCGCCCUUGUCCAUCUCCCAGAGCAGCCGCCCCCCACACAUGCCGCAGCCGCCGCAGCCGCCAGCCCCCGCGCACACAAGCGUCAGCGGCUGCGUUACCAGCUCGAUGUAGGCGCAUAUGGCAUCCCCAAGCACCGUCCCCACACCCGCGCAUACCACUCCUCAGCAAGCCCAUCUACGAGCCAGUACCCCCACACUGCCCUUUCAGUGCAGGUCGGGGAAGACUCUUACUUUGUCUGCGACAAUGCGAUGGGCAUCGCAGACGGCGUUGGCGGCUGGUCUCGCUCCCAGACACCCAACCCUGCCCAUCCGACCCCCAGCGCCCUCUUCUCCCGCCGUCUCAUGCACUUUUGCGCCGCUGAGAUAGAGGCCCUCGAUGCCUCUGCCCACGACCAAACUCCGUUCCGUCCUGACCCGACUGCCCGCCCCCCUACGACCCACUUUUCAUUCACGCACCACCUGAAACCCCGCACAUCCUUUGGCCCUGCAUCCUACACACCCUUUGCCGUCCCUGCCCCCCCAUCAACUCCCGGCCCCUUUUCCUUUUCCGAUCUUCAGGAUUCACUCACUUCGUCUCUCGAAGAGCUCGAAGAGGGUAUCGACAUCCUCCGCAUCCUCGAGCGCGCAUACGAUAGCACCGUAAAAGUCCACCAUCUUCCCCCCGCCUCCUCAUCGAUAGAGACUCCCAUACCCCUAACCACCGGAUCCUCCACCGCUCUUCUCGCCGUCCUUGACCAUCCACCUCCGCCCGGUUCCGGCCCUCUCCCACACCAUCCUCCUGCUCCGGAGAAGAACUACGCCCUUGGGUCCGUCUACUCGCAUUCCCCUCCCGCUCUAUCUCCCUCAUCCACAGCAUCGCCAAGUCUAUCUGGAUCCGAGACAAGUUCCACUUCUAGUUCGCCAUCCCCAUCAAGCGCGAUACCACAGGAAACAGAGGAGCGCACGGAUGCUGGUAGGUCCCAGGAUCAGGAGGCGUACGACGCCGUGCUUCGCAUAGCACACCUCGGCGACUGCAUGGGCAUGCUCGUGCGCGGCGACGCAAUCGCUUGGCGUAGCGAUGAGAUGUGGUGGGGGUACAACCACCCCCUGCAGCUCGGCCCCCCUCGACCUUCUCCGUCUACAUCUUCAUCCACCUCCUCAAAAAGCACUAUGCACCCCUCUUCCCAAUCAUCGUCUUCUUCAAGCACUUCUACCACACCCACUGCUCAUGCCCUCCCCACACAGCCGCACACAUGUACGCUUCCCGUGCGCUCGGGUGAUAUCCUAAUUCUUGCAUCUGAUGGGCUGAGCGACAACCUAUGGGAUGAGGACGUGCUAGAUGAGGUCGUCAAGGUCCGCGCGGGGUGUCUUUCGGGGAGUGGGGGUGUGUCGUGUGCGCUGGGUUCGGAUUUGAAUGGUGUGCGCACAGGGAAACUAGAGCCCACAGAAAUGCCAGAAAGCAGCACAACGACCCUGCGCAGACGGGCAUUUGCGGGUAUGCUUGCUGAAGCUCUGUGCUCGCGUGCGAAACGUGUCUCGGAAACGCGCCCUCCGUCUCAUGUCAUGUCGAAACGGAGUAAUAAAAUUAAGAUGAAGGAGAGGGGAGGGCGGUUUGGUGUUGAUGUGAUACCUGAGGAGAGGGAGUGUGAGAUUGAUGCGGCGAAGGCGGGCGCACGAACCCGAGCGGUGCGUGAGCAGGAGUCGGAUGAAGCGUCGGAGGAAGAGGAGGAGGAUGAAGUCCCGUUCGCACGGCGCGCGCGACUUGCGGGGCGGUCGUUUAGGGGUGGGAAGAGCGACGACAUUUCAGUCGUCGUCGCGCUCAUCUCGCCCACAUCCCUUUCUUCCACUUCCACGUCUUCUCUAUCCUCAAAUCCGAAUUCAACCUCUACAAAGGCUGCUCGACUGUAA